AUGCCUGUCAUGAGAACAAAGGAUUUCAGUUGGACCUGUGUAAGUGAUGAACUGACACAAAAACUCUUCUUCAAAUUCCUGGUAAAAAGUGUAAAGCCAACAAAAUCAGCAGAUAGGCUGAUCUGCAACUCAUCAAAUUGGUUGGAAUCCGAAACAUUUGCCUCAUAUCCAGACAUUUUACCCAUAGGCCCUCUUCUGGCUAGCAACCGGCUUGGAAAAUCAACAGGCCACUUCUGGCGAGAAGACUCAGGUUGCCUGGCAUGGCUAGAUCAACAACCACAAAACUCUGUCAUUUAUGUAGCAUUUGGAAGUUUCACAGUAUUUGACCACAAUCAGUUCCAAGAACUGGCUCUUGGCCUUGAUCUCAUCAAUAGACCAUUCUUGUGGGUAGUGCAGCAAAACAUAACCGAAGAUGUCCACAAUGCGUACCGUACAGAUGACAAUGGAAUCAUCAGACGUGAAGAAAUUAAGGAUAAGUUGGAACGAGUCUUGGGUGAAAAAGGAUUCAAAGAAAGGGUGUUGGAUCUUCAAGCCAAGAUUCUGGACAGUGUUAGAGAAGGAGGGAGUUCUGACCAAAAUCUUCAUGAUUUCUUAGCAUGGAUUAAAGAAUAA